AGAAGACUGACUCGAUGCAGAUAGUGCAGCAGAAAACAUGAAACAGGCUCGUGCAAAGCUGGUGCAUAGACAGGGCUUGUGUGAGUGCGUGGUGUCAGGAAGAGUCAGUGGAGCACAUAAUUAUCAGAUGGAGGUAUGAUGAGGUACAGAGAGUGAUAAUGAGGAAUAAUUUGAAGGAAUUAGGGGUACAGGAAUUAAAAUUAAAUGGAGUGUUGAAUAUAGGUGACAGAGCACAGGUUAGAAUUAGAAUAUUGUUAGGGAAACUGGUUUGUAUGAUCGGUUAUGAGGAUAAAUAGGGAUAUAGGAAAGUGUGUAUGGAAAUGAAUGAAUGUGAAUGUGUGUGUUCAUGUCUGAUUCACACUCCGGAGCAGAAGGUGGCGGUAAUGCACCAAAAGCUGGUUGCCAACCGCCGUUAAAAACAAAGAAGAAGAAGACUCACUGCAGAAAUAACAACAUGGCGGGCGAUUCAAAAGAGCAGCUGCUGUCUCUGCGAGUUUACAACACCCUUCAGAGUCUGGGCUGUCCUCUGGUGGAUGGGCUUUACCUGAGGGAGGCAGACAGCAUGCAGGAGCUCCUCUGUUCUCCUUCAUUACACAGGACUGAUAUACUCAAGUGGAUCUGUACCAGCAUUUGCCCAUCCCUAAGAGAGAAGUUUUCCACAAUUAAAGCAUCUCAGAAUGAGGUUUUAAUUCAAGAACUCACACGGUUUGGUAAUGAAAUGAUGUUGUGUAAAACUAAUGACCAGGAUUUAAUCAAGGGUCUUGCACCCCCAUUACGGCAGCUGGUGUUUCUAGAGCAGCUUCUGGUGGUCAUUCAAGCAGACUCCUCCAUACAUUCAAGACAGAAGUCAAGCUCUGGAGAUGACAGUGCGAAGAACGAUCUUCUUGGGGAGCUGAUGUUUCCGGAUCACUUAUCUGACCUGGAUAUGCUCCUGAACCCAUCCUGCAACCCGUGGCCCGCACACAUCCGUGAACAUCUGAUACGCAUGCAGUCGGCUCAAAACAAAAUGAACGGGAACCACAGUAAAUCCGGUGAUUUCAUUAACCGGAGUGAUCAACAUUCCCGACUUGGAAGUCAUGGAGAAGAAAGCCUGUCAGAGGCCAAAGCGCUGCUGCAGUCUACACAGAGCACAUUAGAGGAGCUCCACAAAGAGUGUGAGUUCCUGCAGUCAGAUUCGCCGGGUCGUGCAGUGGUGCUAUCCCCCUCUGUGCUGAAAGUAGCCAUCUCAGACAUGUCUCAGCUUAUGAUGGCCUUCGGACAGAUCUACAACACUGACUUUAAAGGGUACUGCCAGAGAACCCCUCCAGCCCUCAGUUCCCACAAUAGUGUGUUUCAAUCUGUACAUCAGCUUCUGCACACCUGUAAUAAGGAGCUAGAGGCUCUUAAGCAGCUGUCUGAAACCUCGUCGUCUCUUACACAAACAGUGCAACAACUACAGACAGACAGGCGGUACUGGUCUAAAGGAGAAAAGCACACUCUGCCUAAACAGUUGGAGGAGCUGAAGAACAGAUAUAUGACUUUUCUUUUCCUUCACCAAUCAUAACCUGAAAAACACUCUCACCGUCUAAAUGGAAAUCUACAGACUGUUGCUUGAAUUGAAGAUUUAAGUGGUAAGAAGGGCCAAAAACUGGUCCACUUAUUUGCACGACCAGGACUGUGCCCUUAGCACUUUGUGUUUUACAACCACUAUGCCAUGCACUGUUGUACAGAUUUAUAUUAUACUGAUAAUAUUAUACUCAAAGACAUUAAUAGUCAUCCAAAUAAUGAUGAAAUUGUUAUCUAAUAAUAUUCUCCAAAUAGCUAUAAGAAACAAUCCUCUCUUUAUAAAACCCUUAAGUGUUUUAGUUAACUCCCAAAUAAUGCAGAUGCAGUAUGAAACACAAAUGUAUCUUCAUUUUUUUUUAAAUCUUUGAUCUGCAUUAUGUCAUGACAUGUUUUUUUAAAUAAAGGUUAACAUUACAAAA